AGCAAAGCACAAACGGAGCCCAAAGUGUGAGUCAGUGAAGUCAGUCGCGCCGUGGCUGUUGAUCGAUACGGACGUAGAGACCGCGACAGUUCCUGCUCAGGAUAAACGCGAGUCCCUCCAGCGCGUUUGACAGUUCCGUUCGAAAAUUUAUCGCGAUAACCGACGCUCGACGAAUAACGGUCCAACCGAGAUCCAAGCGAUCCUCGAUCGGUGAAUCGCGGUGUUUGAGUGGAAUUGAAAGAAUACACGCUCCCGGUGUGUUCGAAGAUACAUCGAAGACUUGGAUGAGACACUAGCUAAACGAGAUUCGCGACGGAAGAAGCUGGAAAAGAAAUGGCGAUCGCGUUGGUGUUCUUUGGCCUGUUGGCCUGCAGUUCCGCCCAACUGAUCUACCCGGACGAGUACGAGCGGAUGAAGACCUCGACGGUCCUACCUCCGAAUAUUUAUACGACACCUGGCCGUCAAUCGAGGCCUUCCGUGAUGAGGAACGCGCAAAGUAUGCCGUCGUACCCGCUACCACCGGAACAAACUAUCUACGUUCCUCAAGAGAUUGCAGUCAGUUCAUCGCAACCGCAGGUAGAUUCAAAAUCCACCGAGAAUCCGCUGCAGGACUGGGGUGAUCACGUGAACGAUAUCAUCGUUAAAGGCGUGACGAAAUUCGCGCUGGACAUGGAGAGAGAAAUCUACAAAACUCGAAGCAUGUCGAUGAUCGACCAGCGAGACAACAUCGUUUUCUCGCCGAUCAGCCUGGCGACGACACUGGCGAUCGUUCUCGCGGGUUCUGCUGGCAGAACCUUCGACGAGGUGUCCAGGGUCCUUGGUCUGGAGGGCGGAGUCGACGUCUCGCGGAACUCGGAGGUCGUCCAUCAGAUGUUCGGUGUACUGUUAACCCAGCUACACAGUAAAAUAGCAGGAUCGUCCGGGCCUCGCGUGGACAUCGCCACAGCAGCGUUUGUGCAGGACGGAUAUCCGAUACUCCCGCAAUUCAAGUCGCUCAGUCAAAACGUCUACGACACCGAGGUGAUAAACGUGGACUUCGCCAGGAGCGGAAGACUGUCGCAGGAGCUGAUAAACGCGUGGGUGAAACAGAAAACGAUGGGAAAGAUCACGAGCAUCCUGAACGACGCGCCUAAUCCAAUGACGACCGUCAUCCUCUUAUCGGCGCUGUAUUUUAACGGAGAAUGGAACCAGCAUUUUUUGCAAGGGGCCACUAAAAGGAAACCGUUUUUCAUCGAACCGAAUGAAUCGAUCGGUAUCGACAUGAUGUACAACGGGGGGCCAUUUCCCUUCUACGAAGACAAACAAUUGGGUGCUAAGAUCCUUGGCCUUCCCUACAAGGACCGUGAAAUCUCGAUGUACGUGAUCCUGCCGGCAGCCAAAGGCGCAAAGGCCCUGCGCAGUUUCCAAAAUCGAUUAACCGUCGACAUAAUCGAGAACCUGAUAAGGAACAUGAAGAACGAGACCUGUAUAAUCGGUAUGCCGCGAAUGAAGCUGUCGAGCAGCCUCAGCUUGAGGUCGACGCUCGCGAACUUGGGCCUCACGUCCCUGUUCGAUCAGAGAACGGCGGACUUGAGUCUCGUGUCUCAAGGACUCGGAGGAAGAAUGUCCUCGACGGACAACCCGAGAAUCACUUCGCGAAUCGACGGGAAGAACAAACCGGAUCACAUGGUGCGGAGGAACUACUUCACGUACGAGGACAAGUCUCGCGGUUACACCGUGGAACAAUGGUCCACCGGGUUCUCUAUCAAGUCUCGAAAGCCUCGCGAUUCCAGGGACACGUUAAAGGGCAAGGAGUCUUACAAAGUGGAGGGAUCUGAAGCUGAGAACGUCAAGGUGGUGAGUCUCGAAGGGAACAAGUACCGUUUCCAAGAUGGUGAACGGAAGAGGAACAGGAGGCAGAGCAGACCGAUCGAUCAGGACUUCCUAGACUUUAUCAAACGUCGCGAUUUCCCGUCGUACGGGCUGGACGAGCUCAGGAAUAGCGCCACCUUGCUGAACCCGCAUCUAUACGCGUCUGACGUUUUGCACAAGGUGGAAAUCGACAUCACGGAGAAGGGCACAGAGGCAGCGGCCGUUACAGCGGUGCUGUUGGACCGCGAUGGAAAUCAGAAGAGGCUGGUGGCGAAUCGACCUUUCUUAUUCUUUAUCAGACACGACACCACGGGGCUAAUACUCUUCUGGGGCACGGUGAACGCUCCUACUCCGAACUACGUCGCGACGUAAUCCGUGAUCUUCUCGAUUACCGAGCGCCACAGGACUGCGGAAGAGAGUUAAUCGCGCAGAGGAAAUUCUUAGCUUUUAAUUAAUACUGUUUACUAUUGCCGUCAUAGCUUCGACCGUGUAUGCAUCUGUUUUCAUGGACACGCUGCUGGUCAUGCGGGUGAUUAACUAGUUAUGCGACUGAUACGAUACAUACUGAUCAUACGCAAGCAAUUCGAUACCAAAGUAUUUGAGAGAUUACGCCACCUCGACAGCGACAACAACAGUGGGUACGUACCUUUGGAAAUUUAUUUUAGAACGAUAAUAUAACGCUAUGAAUGAAACAAUAAGUUUCGAUAUCGAAGGGCUGUUCUACAAAUACGCCCUUAGAUGUGUGUUGAUCUCAACAGUAUUUGAAAAUUCAAAGUUGCACAGUAUUAUUAAUUUUUUAAUUCCAAAAUUUUUUGAAUCUUUUUCACCGCGACGGUGGCGUAACUACUUAAUGGAGACUAUCGAAAGAUAUCGAAAUCUCGGGUACUUGUCAGGUUACGAUAUACCGAUACUUUUUGAAUACUGGUUGAUUCUAAUACCAUUGGAUACCUAGUAACUAUCGCUAUUAUUGUAAAUAUAUCGUAAGAAACAAAAUCUAAUCAUUAAAACUACUUACUUAAAGUUGCAAACUGUUUAUUUCGUAUCGACUAGAUUUUGUUUCUUAUUUUCAAUGCAUUUACAAUAGUAUCGGUACUAAUUCAGUUCACGCAGUAUUGACGUUGAUAUGUGUUCAUUGCAAAAGUAUUGGUAUAGGAAAUUGAUGCGUAUCGAUACUUUCGUGCAGGUAUCAAAACAGUUUGAUACAAAAUAAUACUUUAUUUAUCCGGUAUGAAUAGUAACGAUACCGUAUUCACCCCAUUUCUGAAUGAGUAAACGUAGAUCGUGCGAGGAUUAAACAAAACUUGCUCGACUGGGUGCAGAAUACGAUGAGAGGAUAAUGUGAAUGUUUGUGUACGACUUAUUUAUAUCGUUUUCCUUGAAUCACUACAAGCUCGGAGUAUAAUAUGCUAUUCUGCUACUAUUUAAUCGCGCUGUAACGAUUUAUUGAAGGUGAAUCUGUAUUCCUAACGAAACAGUAUUUUCUUGAUACUUAACGCUGUCCAUAUGUUAAUCCACGUGCAAUUUAAUGUUGCAUCGUUAAAAGCAAAUUCUAGCACUAUUUACUGUAAG